CGUCUCGGGCCGCACAUACAAAAAAAAACAGCACAGACUCAACAUGGCAGAAGCAGAGGAUCGCGAUUCAACUUCAGGCGGAAUCCUCCAGGAGAUCUUCACGUCCCCUUUGAAUUUGACCCUGCUCAGCUUAUCCCUGUACUUGCUGUACAAGAUCUUCCGCGGAGACAAACCCCCGGAGGUGGACGAGGCGGAGCCGCCUCUAACCAAACUGAAGAAGAGAGACUUCACCCUGGCAGAGUUGAAGCCUUACAAUGGGGUGCAGGAUCCGAGGAUCCUUAUGGCUGUCAACGGCAAAGUGUUCGACGUGACCAGGGGGAAGAAGUUCUACGGGCCAGAGGGGCCAUAUGGAGUGUUUGCAGGCCGAGACGCAUCCAGAGGCCUUGCUACCUUCUGCCUAGGCGAAGAGGCCUUGAAAGACGAACACGACGACUUAUCCGACCUGAACGCAGCCCAGCAGGAGAGCCUGUCCGAGUGGGAGGCCCAGUUCACAUUUAAAUACGACUACAUCGGCAAGCUUCUGAAGCCAGGGGAGGAGCCCACGGAGUACACAGACGAUGAGGAAGGAAAGGACAAGAAAGCAGACUGAAGAAUAGAAGAAAAAAAAAACAUGGUGGAGGGAAAGUUGUGGAUGCCUUAAUGUUGUACUUUCUGGCUUUUUCUUGGACCACCUCAGUUGAAGGUUAUAGUUGGGGAUGGAGGGUUUUUACAUAUACUGCCUUGUAUUUCUACUGCAUAGAGCUGUGUAAUGUUGUAAAGUUUAGAAUGGUUUCUAUAAUUGUACAAGUGGAACUCCGAAUGAAAUGAAAUGCAAUGCGGUCCGAAUAAGUUGUUUGCUUGUCAUGAAUGACUUAGCUCAAUGUGUUCUGGAGAGGUAUGUGAGAUGGUAUAUGUGACAAACUUCAGGAAGAAGAAGACUCUUUGGAGAGACAGACCAAAGCAAGAUGUUUCUCUUUUGAUGCCAGCAUUCCAGUUAAAAUACACCACAUAUGCUCCGUAAAUUCAUUACAUGUAGUUCUAUAAUUUGUGCAUGUACAUAUAGUCAAAAUAUUAUAAUUCUGUCACGCUAUAAGCUAUAAUUUAAUAAAUAAGCUUUCAGAAAA